AAGAUGGUGGCCCGCAGGAGGAAGCGUGCAGCGCGGGACCCUGAGAAGGGGCUUCUGAGCCCGCCCGGCUACUCAGUCUGCAGAGCCCUUGCCCAGGGGAAGGGUUCAGUGAAGGACGGAUGGACGGACAGACACACGGGCCUAGGAAGGGACAGCCUGAACCUGACAGCACCCCCAUUUUCCUUCCAGCCAUUCCGAUCAAGUUCUCUGAAAAGCAGCAGGCCUCUCAUCACCUCUAUGUGAGAGAGCACAGAGUUCGGGGAGGCACCAAGUCUUCCUGGCCUCAGAAGCGGACCCUUUUUGUCCUCAAUGUGCCCCCAUACUGCACAGAGGAGUGCCUGUCCCGCCUCCUGUCCCCCUGCGGCGCCAUCCAGUCUGUGCAGUUACAGGAGAAGCCGGACCUCGCCGAGAGCCCACAGGAGCCAAAGUCAAAGUUUUUUGACCCCAAGCCGGUGCCCGGGUUCCGGGUGGCCUACGUGGCCUUCCAGAAGCCAGGUGGGCUGGCAGCUGCCUUGGCCCUGAAGGGCCCUUUGCUGGUCUCAACAGAGAGUCACCCCGUGAAGAGUGGCGUUCACAAGUGGAUCCGAGACUACACGGACUCGGUGCCGGACCCCGAGGCCCUGCGGGUGGACGUGGACACGUUCAUGGAGACGUACGACAAGAAGAUGGCUGAGGAGGAGGCUAAGGCCAAGGAGGAGGAAGGGGUCCCCGACGAGGAGGGCUGGGUGAAGGUGACGCGCCGUGGCCGGCGGCCGGUGCUCCCGCGGACAGAGGCGGCCAGCCUGCGGGUGCUGGAGAGGGAGAAGCAGAAGCGCGCCCGCAAGGAGCUGCUCAACUUCUACGCCUGGCAGCACCGCGAGACCAAGAUGGAGCAUCUAGCGCAGCUGCGCAAGAAGUUUGAGGAGGACAAGCAGAGGAUCGAGCUGAUGCGGGCCCAGCGCAAAUUCCGGCCCUACUGAGCCGCACCCGCCCGCGGCCCACGGCCGGCGGAGGUGAAUGGGUGGUGCCCACAGGACCUGAGGGCCUGGAAUGCGCCAAGGGGCCGUGGUGUCCAACAGCCCUAGCCAUCCAAGGCCACAGUGGGUGGGGCCGAGGACAAGUCCCCCCAACCCCGCCCUGGGCUCCUGUGCUUUGGCAGUCCUGGGGCCCGGAGGUGGCGCCUUCCCUCCCCUGGGCUCGUCCCCAGCCUGCCUCUGGGCUCUCCUCAGGGCUGUGUCUGCUCUGUCGCCCCCUCCCCCCGUCGAGAAGCCCCUGCUGGCAGUGGAACAGCCUUGGAAGCAGCGAGGAUAAGGGAACAUUGUAUUUUUCAUCCAGUUGGGCACCAAGAAAAGGCUACAAAAGUUGGUGGGUCUGACCCCCCCCACCCACUCACUGAACAGAUAAUGCCCCCGAUCCAGACACUGUCUUGAGGUCAGAUGUUAAGGUCAGAAUCUUGUCCUGUUCCCUUUACCCCACCCCCGCCCCCUCAACUGCUGCAGGAUCCUCCGCUGACCACGCCUGGCCUGGGCUUGCCAGCUGGGAGUCCGGUGCCAAGCGGCAGGUCUUCAGCCGCAGGCCAUGGCUACAGCUGGGCGGGGAUCGCCUUGCUCUGUAAAAAGGAGCUGAUGACACCGGCCACGUGCUGGGGCUGGUUCAGAUGCACGUAGUGAUUGCCUGGGACUUCCACGUACUGGAACCGCUGGGGGAGAGAGGGAUGUGCCGUGAGGCGACCUGGAGGCAGGCUCCUCGGGCCCGGGGAGCCCUGGCAGCGACAGACCCACAGCUCUGCCAGCCCUGGUCAUCACGGCACCCCCCCCCCCCCCGCAGGCUCUGGAAGGGGAGAGCCCAAAAAACCCUGUGGUUCUGGGACAUUCUGAGCUGAGGCUGGAGAGCUAGGCAGGGGAGGGGCCAGCAGCCAGGGCUGCUGCUGGUCUGACUGUCAUCUAAGGUCCACUUGGAAAGAGAAUGGGCAGCCUCUCAGACCUGCCCAGGAGAGAGACCAAUGUGACAAAACAGGAGGUGCUUGCCCAGGAGAGAGACCAAUGUGACAAAACAGGAGGUGCUGCUACUGGCUGGCUGGCUACAUGCAGGCUGCCCUUCUGUGAAGACACCAGGUGGUCUGAGCAGGCCCCAGGGGCAGGUGUUUGGGGUCAGCGAGGGUCAUGAAGAUCCAGGCGCUCCCAGGAAGCAGGCACGGGUCAAAGCCACAGCACACCCCCGCCCUCCACCUUGGUGGCCAGCACCCACGGAUGGGACUGGUCACCUGUUCCCACUUGGGACCCUAGGAAACUGGAACUGCUGAGUUGGCCUUGGCCCCGGGGAUAUGUGAGGACAAUAAAAGCGGGAGACCCAGCCAAUGGAA